AUUUUCAUUAUCAUUAUCAAAAAAAAAAAAAAAAAAAAAACAGACUAUAAAAUUAAAUUAAAAACAUAUACACAAAUAUAAAUUAUAGAAAUGGGUAAAAAAGGAGAAUUAGCCCUUAAGAAUUUUAGUUAUUAUAACAGCAAUUGCUUUAGUUGGUAUUACUGUUCCAUAUUGGAUUUAUCUUAAAUGGGCUGUCGACGAUAAAUCUGCAUCAGGUAUUGCAAUUUAUAUUGUUAGUGCGGUUAUAUUAAUCAUUCUUGCUAUACUUGGUUUUAUUGGUUCAAUUAAAAAGAGCAAAAUUCUUUUAUUAUAUUUUGCCAUUAUUAAUAUUGUAAUGUUAGCAUUUGGUAUUGCACAAAUUAUCGUAACUAAUCUCCAACUUGUCGAUUGUGGUAAAGAAUCAGACUCCAGCUUUUCGUUCCUUUGUUCAACUGGUAAAGGCGCAUACUAUGUACCAAUGGCAAUUUUAUUAUUUAUAAAUUUAUGUGGUGGUGUUUUCGGAAUUGUUUGCAGACAUCUUAUUGAUAAUGAUCAAAAAGGAAACUAUUAUUAAACUAAUAUAUCUAUAAAAAAAAAAAAAACAAUAAUUUAAAUCAUCAAUUUAAUAUAAUACAUCCAAUACCAGCCAUACUUAAUUAUUUAUUUUAUAUAAAAUUUUAAAAAAAAUACUGCACUUUUUUUUUUAAAAAAACUAAUAAAUAUUUUUUUUGUAAAUUUUCUCUAUUAUAAAACUAUUAAUAAAAUAUAUUGUUUAAAUUAAUAUUU